AUGAGUUCAAGCUUGAUAAUUGAAGAAAUAAGAUGUAAUUUCCCACCAGAUAGUUCAAAAGAAGAGGUGUCUGUUAAUCAACCUGAAGGCUUUGUUGUCAAAGGCAAAGAAGAUAAAGUGUACAAGUUGAAGAAGGCUUUAUAUGGCCUGAAGCAAGCACCCCGGGCAUGGUAUAGUGAAAUUGAUGCUUACUUCAAUGAAAAGAGUUUUCAAAGAAGAAAAAUUGAGCCAACUCUGUACAUCAAGGGGCAAGGUACAACCGGUAUUUUCAUUGUUUCACUUUAUGUUGAUGAUUUGGUUUUUACCGGUAGUGAUGAAAAAUUGAUUGAAGAUUUUAAAACGGAGAUGAUGAAGAAAUAUGAAAUGAGUGAUUUGGGACUAUUGCAUCAUUUUUUAGGCGUUGAAAUUUACCAAAACAAUGGUGGUGUUUUUAUUUGCCAAAAGAAGUAUGGUCAAACACUUCUUGAGAAAUUUAAAAUGAGGAAUUGCAAAGCAGUUGCUACUCCCUUGGUUGUGAAUGAAAAGUUGUCAAAGGAAGAUGGAAGCAAAGAAGCUGAAGCAUCUUGUUAUAGAAGUUUGGUUGGAAGUUUGUUGUACUUAACUGCUACAAGACCGGACAUCAUGUAUGCUACAAGUUUAUUGUCUCGGUUCAUGCACAGUCCAAGCCAAAUUCAUUUUGGGGUUGCAAAAAGAGUGUUGAGAUACAUUCAAGGUACACUUGAUUAUGGAAUUUUUUAUGAGAAAUUUCUUGAUACAAAGUUAAUUGGAUUUUGUAAUAGUGAUUGGGUCGGAUGUGUUGAUGAUAUGAGAAGAACUUUUGGGUAUGCAUUUUCUCUUGGAUCGGGCGUAAUUUCAUGGUCAUCCAAGAAACAACAAACUGUGGCACAAUCAUCUGUUGAAGCCGAAUAUAUUUCAGCAUCAUUGGCAACUACACAAGCAAUUUGGCUAAGAAAAAUUUUGGAUGAUUUUGGUGAGAAGCAAGGUGAAGCUACUCCAAUUAUUUGUGAUAAUAAGUCUGCUAUUGCUAUGGCAAAUAAUCCCAUCUACCAUUCUCGUACCAAACACAUUGCUAUCAAGCAUCAUUUCAUUAGAGAAGUUGUGGAAGAUGAUGAGAUUCAAAUCAAGUAUUGCAAGAUUGAAGAUCAAGUUGCGGACAUCUUCACCAAAGCUUUACCAAGGGACAAAUUUAAAUUUUUUAGAGAAAUGUUGGGUGUCACACAAUAUGGCAUUAAGGGGGAGUGGUAA